ACUUUUGAACGUCCAAAAUUGAGCAGAUCAUUAACCAUACAAUUCUUAGAAAAUUGUCUGGCAUCGAAAAGCAAAAAUGGCUUCCACAGCAGAUCAGUUCUCAUGGCAAGAGCCUCGGAAUUCCAUGGUACGCGGUGCUUUCGUAGUAGUUGAAGGAGUCGAUAGAGCGGGCAAGACCACACAAGUCCAAAGACUGUGUUCAAAGCUCUAUGCAUUGGGUCACAAUAUCAAGACUAUCAGGUUUCCUGACAGAGUCUCUACAAUUGGGCAAAUGAUUGGAAGCUAUUUACAAAACGAGACAAACAUGGAUGACCACGUUGUCCACCUUCUAUUUUCCGCAAACAGAUGGGAGAAAGCGAAAUGGAUUGAAGAGACUCUUGCCAAAGGAUACACCAUCAUCUGUGAUCGAUACUAUUACUCAGGCAUGGUCUACAGUGCGGCUAAGAACAAUCCUGCCUUAUCUUUAGAAUGGGCGAAGCAACCUGAUAUUGGUCUACCAAAACCAGAUGUGGUCAUCUUUUUGGAUCUGGAGCCAUGGCAAGCUGAACAGAGAGGCGGAUAUGGCGAGGAGAAGUAUGAGAAGCGAGAAUUACAGCAGCGAGUUCGGGAGUUGUACUUGCAAUUGCUCAAUGCACCGGGUGGAGGUAUGAAAGUCAUCAAUGCUGGAGACUCGAUGGAUGCUGUGGAAGAACGGAUAUGGAACGAGGUUCUGCCAUGGGUAGAAAUGGUUGAGGGAGGGACUUAUGGUGCAAAGGUUGGGAAAUUUGAAGGUUAGAGAUCUGAGUUUGGGCGGAGAUGCUUGGGGGAUGAAUAACGUUCACGAUAAUGAGAGAUGUGUGAUGCGUGUGAGUUAGAGCAAUUGAUACCCU